AUGUCAGAAAGUUUCAGCACGCCUCAAAAUGAUCACAAGAGCACCGUCACCGACGUUUUGCGCCAACCCGAGCAGGCCCACCACGAGGAGUCGCGAACAAAGUCGCUCGCAAAGAACUACAAAGGCUUCGUCGCAGGGGUCUUCUCGGGCAUAGCGAAGCUCUCUGUCGGCCACCCUUUCGACACAGUCAAGACCCUAAGAAGAGAGGGAAUUGCAGGAAUCUACAAGGGCGCAACUCCGCCACUGCUAGGAUGGAUGGCCAUGGACUCUGUCAUGUUGGGGAGCUUGACAGUUUACCGCAGGCUGUUGUUUGAAAACAUAUUUGCCAAUCCUGCUUUCCGGCCCGGGAAGAGCGCCUCAGAGCUCUCACACGAGAAGUUGCCUGCUUUUGGACACGGGAUCGCAGGAACCAUGGCGGGCGCUACCGUUUCUUUUAUCGCUGCGCCUGUUGAACAUGUCAAGGCAAGGCUACAGAUUCAAUACGCCGCGAAGAAGAAGGACAGGAUGUACAGCGGUCCCAUAGACUGCACGAGAAAGAUUCUCCGUUCCCACGGUAUUGCUGGCCUCUAUCACGGCCUGUUCUCAACAUUAAUCUUCCGCUCAUUCUUCUUCUUUUGGUGGGGCAGCUACGAUAUCCUGACGACUUGGUUCAAGAAACACACUACUCUGUCCACUCCCGCAGUCAACUUCUGGGCCGGCGGGAUGUCGGCACAGGUGUUCUGGCUGACGUCCUACCCUUCAGACGUGGUCAAACAACGAAUCAUGACAGAUCCUUUGGGAGGUGCUCUCAAUGACGGCACUCCUCGCUUCAAACACUGGAAGGAUGCCGCUGUUACUGUAUAUAGAGAAUCCGGAUGGAGGGGUUACUGGAGGGGCUUUGUACCUUGCUUUCUCCGGGCAUUUCCCGCGAAUGCGAUGGCGUUGGUAGCUUUCGAAGGUGUGAUGAGGGCACUGCCUGAUUGA